ACGCUAACGUCAGUUGGUGCGGCACGUUUGUUUUUUUCUCGCUGAUACAACACGAGCCUUGCGAUGUCCGAAGUACCAAAGAACCAGUGUGACAGUGAGAAAAUCAAACAGCUGAAAACGAACCUGUCGUUUUGGUCGCCGCUGAACAACGGUUUCACCGUGCCCGACAAUCCGUCGAAAUGCACGUGGCACAAGAAGGCCUGUCCUGCCACCAGCCCUCACAGAACACAAGAAUGGAGGCGCUCUUCAAAAGUCCUCGCUGAUGUGUUAGCUGCCAUCGGCAAUACACCCAUGGUUAAACUGAAUAAAAUUCCCAAAGAUUACGGUCUUCUGUGCGAUGUUUAUGUGAAAUGCGAAUUCUUCAAUCCAGGCGGCUCUGUGAAGGACCGCAUCGGUUAUCGCAUGGUAGAGGACGCCGAAAAACAAGGCAUCCUCAAACCAGGGUAUACCAUCAUCGAACCGUCGUCUGGUAAUACGGGAAUAGGCAUCGCCCUCGCCGCCGCCGUCAAAGGUUACCGCUGCGUGAUCGUGAUGUCCGAGAAAAUGUCCAAUGAAAAGGUGUCGGUUUUGAACGCGCUGGGCGCCGAAAUUGUCCGGACGCCCGUCACCGCCGAUUCCGACGCGCCCGACGGCAUGUUUGGAGUUACGUAUAAGCUGAAGAACGAGAUUCCCAACUCUGUUAUCCUCGAUCAGUAUUCGAAUCCGGGCAAUUCUUUGGCUCACUACGACACCACGGCUGAGGAGAUUUUGGAUCAGAUGGGCAAAGUUGAUAUGGUGGUUAUCGGUGCUGGCACCGGUGGUACCAUUACGGGCAUAGGUCGCAAACUAAAGGAAAAGUCUCCUAAUACUAUUAUUGUUGGCGCGGAUCCGGAUGGCUCGAUCUUGGCUCAGCCUGAUAAUCUCAAUAAAGCCGGUGCCGGUUUUUACGAGGUUGAAGGCAUCGGAUACGAUUUUAUUCCCACUGUUUUGGAUAGGUCAGUGGUGGAUGUGUGGAUCAAAACCAACGACAAAGAGUCGUUGCCGUUGGCCAGGCGUUUGAUCCGUGAUGAGGGUUUGCUUUGUGGUUCUAGCAGUGGAGCCAAUGUUUCGGCAGCCAUGCAGGCCGCUAAAGAUUUGAAACCAGGCCAAAAAGUCGUUAUUAUUUUACCAGACAGUAUUAGAAACUACAUUACCAAAUUCAUUUCUGAUCAAUGGAUGGAAGCUAGAAACUUGCAGCCUUGUGUUAACACAAAGAAUCACUGGUGGUGGGAUGUUCCAGUUACAAAUAUACCUUUGGAGAAGCUCCAAACUGCAACUCAGAGCAUGACAUGUGAAAGGGUUCUCAAUAUAAUGAAAAAGUUGGGAGUAGAUCAAGUACCGUUUGUCGAUAGCAAUAAUUCUAUUAUUGGAAUGGUAACUCUGCAAAAUUUGAUGAACGGACUUAUUUCGGGAAGAGUGCAAUCCAAUGAAAGCAUUGAAAAAAUCGUCAUAAGAAUAUAUCCUAAAUUAUAUAACACUGCAAAUUUGGGUGUUGUUUCUAGAGUGUUAGAAAAAGAAGCAUAUGUAGUUAUUUUGGAAAAGCAUGGUGCAACAGACAAACCAUGCGGAAUAGUCACUGCCAUUGACUUACUUCAAUUUAUAUCUCAAGCUAAGCCUUCCGUUUGAAUAUUCGCACAAAUUUAUUAGAAACACGUUUCUCUUUGUGCAUUUAUUAAGCACGAAAUUUUAAAUGUAUAAUAUUUAGAGGAUUUUAUUGCUUUUGGUGUUCUUUAAAAGUUCCUUAACGCAUUUAUAGAGUCUUUUAUAUCAACUUUAAAUAGUUCAAAUUUUAAGAAGAUGUUUAUAAAUAUAUUUAUAAAGGACUCUUUAAUAUAUCUACAAAUUUGUCUUAUGUUUGUACAUAUCAUUGAUAGUAAAUGUAACAUUUGAAAGUGUACAUUACAGUCACGCAACUUCUACCUUUUUGGUUUAGAUCAUCAUCUUACAACCUUGUAUAAUUUCUAUAUUAACCAUGUGAAGUCAAAUAUUCCAUUUAUUAAUUGUACAUACAAACAAGUUUGAUAAAAUUGAAGAUAUUUAAAGAAACCUUAAGAGCAAACCAUCGUCAAUUAAGUAUAUAUGUAUGUGAACUGAUUUAUUUUAUGGUGUUUACAUUUUUAAACUGUGACAUACUAAGGAAUCUCUUUAAUAAAUGGUUUUAGAAA